ACUGCACAGCGCUGGCUCCAGCCCUCACAGCCAGAGGACGGCAGACUCCGCCACAAUGAAGACACCCCUGGGUGUGUGGGUGCUGGCCGUGGUCUGUGUGCUGCUCCACUGCCACCUCUCCCUGGUUGCAUCACGGGGCAUAAAGCACAGAAUCAAGUGGAGCCGGAAGGCUGCGCCCAGCCCGCCUCAAGUCACUGAGGCCCGUGUGGCCAUGACCCGCCCAGGGGCCUUCAUCAGGGAGGGCCGCAAGCUGAACAUCGACUUCGGAGCUGAGGGCAACCGGUACUACGAGGCCAACUACUGGCAGUUCCCAGACGGCAUCCAGUAUGACGGCUGCUCCGAGGCCAACGUGACCAAGGAGAUACUGGUCAGUGGCUGCAUCAAUGCCACCCAGGCGGCCAACAAGGCCGAGUUAUCCCGGGAGAAGCAGGGUGACAAAAUGUACCAGCAGAUCCUGUGGAGGCUGGUCAAGGAACUCUGCUCUGUCAAGCACUGUGAUUUUUGGUUGGAAAAGGGAGCGGGGUUCCGGGAGACUGUGAACCAGCCGGUGAUACUCUGCCUGCUGGUCUUCAUUUGGGUCCUCAUGAAAUAAGCCUGAAAGGAAGCCAGUAGCCCCUGCAAUGUGCCGGUGAGCCAACUGCAGUCACCCCAGGUCUCCCCUCACACCCAUCCUGUGUGUUCUGAAGGUACCAAAGAACAUAUUACCCCAAGAAUGCCCCCUAAUAUUUGUAUUCCUAUUUUACAUAUAGGGAAACUGAGGCCCAGAGAGGUGAAGCAGGUCACCCAGAGUCACACUGCUACAAAGUAACAGAACCAGGGCUCAACUAUAGCCUAGGUUUGCUUAUCCUGCUCUGCUCCUCUCAGGGCUGUCUUAUGGUCUCUCCAUGGCUCGUCAAAAGGCCCAAGCCCAACCAGAGCUCUAUUGGGAAACUGAGAUAUAGAUGUGACCAACUGCUGUGUGUUUUGAUAUCUUGGUGAAUAAGAGUUUAGUUUAACCCACGUGGUUAAACACAGAUAUAAUAAGGAAACUGACCUAAACUAGAUAGGAAGCGUGGCCAAGGUUCAGGAGCCAGGCUUUGAGGAAAUUCUGCCAAGCUGGCCCGGGGAGGUGAGAUCUGCAACAGGUCGCUGUGGCAUUAGGGUUCUGUUUCCCCAACAGCUCCAGUGCUUGCUGUUCCCUACCAGCAAAGAUCUGUGUACUAAGAAAACCAUUUUUAAAUGACA